CUAAAUGUGUAUAAAUAAGCAGCACCAUCUCAGAUUGGGAUUUAUAGCCUGGGAGCUCAAAGUUUUUUGCGGAAGGAAUUGGGGCACUGUGUGUAUUCGUGUGUGUGGAGGAGAGAGAGAGAGCAUAUGGAAACAUUGUAACUCAAGGGGGGCAAGCAGCAGCGUUUUCUUCCAUGGAUUGAAGGGAGGAAAUCCUCUUCUUGUUCUUGCGUCGUCUGCAUGCAAAUGUGGCUGGCUGGGGCAGAAUGAGGCUGGGUUAAAACACUCGCAUCAGCAUCCGACACUUGACUUUGCGAGGAGGGAGAGCUCUUUCUGGCAAAUCAGAGGAGCAAGGCACUGUCCAUCUUUGCAGAUCAUUCUCAAAGGCUCAUACAGGUGACAAGUGUGACCAACUUCACUGCAUUGACGCGCGCAUAUUGUCCAUAGGCAGUAUGUAAACGCGCCAAUCUUUUGACAUUUCACCUGCAGUGUUGUGGUCGCAUGUGACGCACCUGCGCCUUCAGCUUUUCUUAGCCGUAUUUUUGGAUAAAGGAGUGUUGCGUUUUUCGGACAAGUUUCUGCGCUGAUUGCUAUGUUCGUCAUGUCCGCCUGGGUGAACUUGCGCGUUUUCUCCGUAGAGUCACACAGAGCCGCGCUGUGUGCAGAAGUUGGUUGGGAAUCAUCAUAACAACAGUGCGGGGAGCAGAGGAGGGAAAAGGAAGGGACAGCGGUGUAGAGGGGAUGAUAAGAGGCUGAAUUUCUUUUUUAAGGUUCACUACCAGCUUCAUCAGCAUGAGGAUCAAAACUGCGGAGGACUGCUGCUCUCCAUCUACAUAGUUACAGUUUUUGCAGAAGCCUGCCAGUGAGUCCUGCAACCACAGCUGCGUAAACUUGGCCAGAACUGGUGACAUUGUACCCUCUGCGUGUGUGUGUGUGUGUGUGUGUGUGUGUGUGUGUGUGUGUGUGUGUGUGUGUGUGUGUGUGUGUGUGUGUGUGUGUGUGUGUGUGAGUGUGUGCCUGGAUGGAUAUGCAGCUCACCGAGGGAAUUUGAAAAGCACGGGGGGAUUACUAUCAGUCGCACUCCCUAUUAUAACCUCAAAAUGGAUGCCGAUUACAGGCUGUGGAGACGCCACUGGAUUAGCCACUCUCCCGCUGAUCUGCUUGACAUCUGAGCGCCACGAGCUUUCAAAGUUUGGAUAAUCUACGAAAAGGGGAAAGGGGCUGAAGGUGUAGGAUGCAGUCUGGGGCGAAGACACUCUCCGCAGGUGGAGGUGCGUCACUGUGCUGCCUGCUGCUCCUGUGGCUCAUCUACUCCCAUCUGCUCAGAGAGGGCCAGUUGGCGGUGGGAACCUGUGAGAUCGUGAUGCUCAACAGAGACAGCAGCGUUCCCAGACGGACCAUCGCCAGGCAGACGGCCCGCUGCGCCUGCCGGAGAGGCCAGAUCGCCGGGACCACCAGGGCCAGGCCAGCGUGUGUGGAAGCAUCGAGUGACAGUGAGUCGUCAAUAGACUCGGUGCACUUUCAAGAAGAGGAGGAUUUUAUUGAAGAGGAUGCCGGUGUGGUGGAAUCAGAUCAUGCGGGCGAGUCUAACGUGGUGGAAACAUACCAGUUUGAGCCACAGUAUUCAAGUAGCGGUCGAGAUACAGACGGGAGCGAAAAUGGGGACGACGAUCCUGGAUUUGGCGGAGAUCCGGUGCGGCAACAGAACACAGACUG